CAACAAUCAGAUGAAACAUUUUCUUAUUCUAAAGAUAUGAAACCAAAUGUUUCAACAGUUGGUACUGCUUGCCAUCCAUUUAAAUUUAUGCAGAACAGACUGGGAAAAUCAGCCAUGUCUUUACAAAGUGCAUUUGUGGUUAACCAGGAAUCAAGUGACCAAGCAAUACAAUUUAUGGAUUUAAAAUCAGAUGUAACAUUGGCAAUUUCAACUUUAGAAGAUGUGAAACCAAAUUUAUCAACAUUGAUUUCAACUUCAAAUGUUAUCAAACAAAAUUUAUCAUCACAAUCUUUACCUUUAGAAGACAAGACAGUUGCAUUUUCAUCUUCAGAAGAUCAAAAAUCAGAUGAAAAAUGUUCUUAUUCUAAAGAUAUGAAACCAAAUGUUUCAACAGAAUUUUUAAGGUGUGAUGUUAUGAAAAAAGAUAUCAUGACAUUUUCAACAUUUAAGGGCAAAAACGAAAAUCGCUUAGAUGUUCAACAACAGCUUGAAUAUUUACCAGAUUCAGAUGCUUUUAUUGAAAAUUUUGCAGUAUUAAAAUCAGAUCUUCAUCAUGAUUUAAAAGAACUCAAGGAAUUGCAUAAAGAAGUUAUUGAUAAUUUUCCAAAAAAUUAUGAGCUCAGGGAUAAGGGACUGAAGACAUAUAAGUGUGAUAUGUGCUGUCAAAGAUUUACUCAUUUUCAUCAUAUCACACAACAUAUGAAAACUCACACAGGAAAGAAUUCAUAUGGGUAUGAUUUUCAUCAGCAACAAGGUGCUAUGAACAGUCAUGUAAAACAGCUUAAGAAAAUAAACAAGAACCUUUCUUUGCAUAAAUUACAUUCUGAAGACAGAUGCAAUGAAUGUGAUGUGUGUCAUAAAAAGUUUGCUCAUAAAUCUAGUUUAAAUACACACAAAAUUAUUCACUCUGGACAUAAGCCAUAUGAAUGUGAUGUUUGUCAUAAAAGUUUCAAGCGUAAAUUUAUUUUAUCUCAACAUAAAAAUAUUCAUACUGGAAUUAAACUACAUGAAUGUAAUGUGUGUCAUAAAAAGUUUAGUCAGAAAGGUUAUUUAAAAGUACAUAAAAAUAAACAUUUAAGUCACAUACCUUAUGAAUGUGAUUUAUGUCAUAAAAAAUUUACUGAAAAGACAAGUUUAUCUAUACAUAUUAAAAUUCAUGUCGGAUAUAAAUGUGGUGUGUCUAGUUUAAAAGCAUACAAAGUCAUUCACUCUGGACUUAGGCCAUAUGAAUGUGACGUGUGUCAUAAAACGUUUUUUCGAAAAAAUUAUUUAUCUCGACAUAAAUAUAUUCAUCUACAAUUAAGACCUUAUGAAUGUGAUGUGUGUCAUAAAAAGUUUGCUCUUAAAUCUAAUUUAAAAGCACACAAAAUUAUUCACUCUGGACUUAAGCCUUAUGAAUGUGAUGUGUGUCAUAAAAGUUUUAGUCGUAAAUUUAUUUUAUCUCAACAUACAAAUAUUCAUGCACAAAUAAGACCACAUGAAUGUGAUGUGUGUCAUAAAACUUAUAUUCGAAAAAUUGAUCUGUCUCAACAUAAAAAUGUUCAUUUACCAAUCAGACCGCAUGAAUGUAAUGUGUGUCAUAAAAAGUUUAUUCAUAAGUCUAGCUUGUCUUCACACAAAAAGAUUCACUAUGGACUUAAGCCACAUGAAUGUGAUGUGUGUCAUAAAAAGUUCACUACGAAGAGUUAUUUAUCUGUCCAUAAAAAUACACAUUCUAAUCUCAAGCCAUAUUGUUGUGAUGUUUGUCAAAAGCGAUUCAAUCUUAAACAUUAUUUAUCUCAGCAUAAAAAAACUCAUUUACAUGUGAAACCAUAUGGAGGUGAUGGACUAAAGCCACAUGAAUGUGAUGUGUGCCAUAAAAAGUUUUCUCAGAAAAGUCAACUAACAACCCAUAAAACAAUUCACUCUGGAAACAGACAAUAUGAGUGUGAUGUGUGUCAUACAAAGUUUACUCAGAAGUCUAGUUUCAUGAUGCACAAAAAUAGUCAUUCUGGACGUGAGCCACAUGAAUGUGAUCUGUGCAAUAAAAAGUUUAUUAAAAAAAGUCAAUUAGCAAGACAUAAAAAUAUUCAUUCAGGAAAGAAACCAUAUGAAUGCGAUAUGUGUCAUAAAAAAUUAGGUAGUAAAUAUAGUUUAUAUGGACAUCUAAAGUCUCAUUUAGGAAUUAAGGCAAAUGAUGAAUGUGAUGUGUGUCAUAAAAAGUUUGUUUCAAAAACUAAUUUAAUUCAACAUCAAUUGUCUCAUUCUGGACUUAGGCCCCAUGAAUGUGAUGUGUGUCAUAAAAAGUUUGCUCAGAGGUACCACUUAUCUCGACAUCAAAUGACUCAUUCUGGGCUUAGGUCACAUGAAUGUGAUGUUUGUCAUAAAAAGUUUUCUCGGAAAGAUAUCUUAUUGCAGCAUAAAAAGAUUCAUUCAGGCGUUCUACAUGAAUGUGAUGUGUGUCACAAAAUGUUUUCUAGUAAACCUUCUCUAUCUCGUCAUCAUAAGUCUCAUUCAGGAAAUUAGCCACCAGCAUUUCAUUCUAAAGAAAAGCAAAUACAAUUUGUUUAACUUAAGUGUUUAAAUUGUGAGGAUUUUUCUUGUAAACAUUUGAAACAUCAGCCUGUAAAUAAUAUGUUUGAUGUCACUACACUGUGGCAGGUUCGAUGACUUCUGCAAAAUAAAUCUUGUACAAUGCAGUUUCAGAUAUACAUGUUAUGGACAUACAUAUUUAUGUUAUAUUCAUACAAGUGUUUUUUUUAAAAUCAUACAACCGCUGUUUCUCUGACAUCAUUUCAUUUACUUCUUUGUAUUAGUAUACUUUUUAUAAUUUAUUUAAAUGUAUAUUUUUUUUUCAAAAUGCGAACAAUUGAAAACAUGAAAACUUUUUAUAUAUAGGCUACAAUUGUACAUUUAUAUAUACCAAUUUUAUAUAUAUAUAUAUGUGUAUAUAUAUAUAUAUAUAUAUAUAUAU